AUGUCUGGCCCUUUCAUCCUUGGUGCUGAACUUCAUCCACAGCUUACUACGAAGGCGAUUAAGCUGCGUUGUGGUAUGUUCAUCCAUGUGCACAUACCUAAGGACAUUGUUUGCAAAUACAAGAAUGAAUUCAAGGAGGGGCAAGUUUAUGGGAUUAGGAAUUUCCUAUGUAUCACAAACUUUUUCAAAUACAAAACAAGCACUUUGCGUUAUAUGAUAAAGUUUAAGCAUGACACUCUGGUGAAGCAAUAUAAGCAUAUCAAUUUCCUGAAAACUAUGUUUCGGUUCAAGAGUUUCCCUGCUAUACUUUCAAAACAAGAUGUUGAUGAGAAAGUUUUAAUGGAUGUGAUUGGUAGAGUUGUGGAGAUUUAUUCCCCACUGGAGAAGGUAAUAGCUGGAAAAAAAAAAAAAAGAACUAGGUUGAUAGACUUUGUCCUUAAGGAUAUGAGUAAAAAUCCUAUUAAGUGCACACUUUGGGAUGACCAUGUGGAUCAACUUCUUCCUUAUUUCAACCAAGAUGUUGUUGAACCACUGAUACUUUUGAUCCAACUUUUCCGUGCAAAAUUUAUGGACAAUGGUGAAGUGCGCAUAUGCAGCUCUUUUGAUGCAAUGAGUGUACCUACGAAGCUUGGUGUUGGUUUUCCUAAUGGUAGUGGUACUUCCAAGGAAGUGUUGGUCAGUUCUAUUGAGGAGAUUUACAGUAAAAAACAUUUGGGGGAGUAUUGGGUAGCUGGUCGAAUUGUUGGUGUUGAGAGUCUAUGUGAUUGGUACUUUAUCUCUUGCAAGACUAAUUCUUACAAGAGAAAGCUGUCUGAGAGUCGAGGGAUGCUCUAUUGUGCUAGGUGUAAUAGCUAUUGGCAAGAAAGGAUUGUGAGGUAUAGAGUGAUAGUUCGUGUUGCUGAUGAAACUGAGGAUGCUCCUAUGCUCAUAUGGGAUCGGGAAUGUGCUGAUUUGGUUGGUAUAGCAGCUGCUGACUUAAAGGAGAAGUAUCUUGGGGGUAAUAACUCUAUUCCAAUGGAGCUAAGACGUUUGUGUGGGAUGUCUAUGCUAUUUCGGAUAGCUAUGAAGAAAGAUCAAGUAGAGAGUUAUUACCCUGCUUUCACUAUUCUACGUGUUUGUAGAGAUGAAGCAGUGCUUACACAACACUGCUCAGGUUUCUUAGCUUGCAACCAAUCUGAGAUCAUGUCAGCUGAUGGUGGUUUGGAUGUUAGUCAAGCCUGUGAGUGUGUUGGGCUGGAUGAAAUUCCUGCGGAUCUAGACGAUAGGGCUGUUGCUAUUCCUCUUAAGAGGUGCCUAAUGAAGGAUUUUGAUGCUAUUGGGAGCUCAAAGAAACCUAAGGUUGCUGACUUGCUGUUGUGA